CCCUCAAUAUACUGUGUGUAUAUAUAUAUAUAGAGAGAGAGAGUGCUCUCUUCUCCAAUAUAUAUACAGUAGAGUCUCACUUACCCAAGCUAAAUGGGCCGGCAGAAGCUUGGAUAAGCGAAUAUCUUGGAUAAUAAGGAGGGAUUAAGGAAAAGCCUAUUAAACAUCAAAUUAGGUUAUGGUUUUACAAAUUAAGCACCAAAACAUCAUGUUUUACAACAAAUUUGACAGAAAAAGCAGUUCAAUAAGCAGUAAUGUAAUGUUGUAAUUACUGCAUUUACAAAUUUAGCACCAAAAUAUCACAAUAUAUUGAAAACAUUGACUACAAAAAUGGCUUGGAUAAUCUAGAAACUUGGAUAAGCGAGGCAUGGCCUUCUUCCCCCAAAUAUAUACAUUGCUCUCUUUCCCAAUAUAUAUAUUGAUCUCUUUCACAAAUAUUGCUCUCUUCUCAAAAAAUAUAUAUGUAUAUUGCUCUCUUCCUCCAAUAUAUAUACACACUGCUCUAUUCCCCAAAAAGGAUAAACAAAAAACAAUUCCAAAGAGGAGGAUGGGAUCCAAAGGAUGCUCUUGGAAGCAGCAAAGAGACCCACUGCUCCAAGAAGCUUAGCAUCUCUGCACUGACCAGAUAAUGCAGUUUCAAACCGCAUUGCAUGGUGAUGUUGAUGAGGCCCUAAAGUUGGAAGAGGGUCUGGAACUCUGGUGUUUUUUUAUAGCCCCCUCCUCCUGCUUCCACAGAUUGCAACAUCUAAGGCUUGGAAAUAUAUUUAUCAUAAUAAUAAUCCACAAAGAUUUUGCCACUUGAUCUCAGAGGCAUGGUUUUCCCCGCCAUUGUACUUGCUGGCACUGGAGCAUCCGCAGAUGUGGGUAUCCACAGGGGUCCAGGAACCAAAUCCCUGUAUUGAGAGAGAGAGAAAGGGAUUUUGGAGUCUUACGGAGGCAGCAGAGUUCCAGCCUUUGGGAUGAGUUUAACUGCGUUGCCUAGAGAAGGAGAGUUACUUGGGAUCCAGGACUCUUUGGGGGGAGGAGAUCAGUAAGAAUUUGAUCCUCUGUGAUUUGGAGGCAUGAGUCUUCCAAAAAAAGGGGGGGGGAUUUGGAGUUUGCUACCUUGUUUAUUUAUUUUGAGUGAGAGAGAAGAGAGAGAAGUGGUCAGCUAGAUAGGGAUCAGGAGUCCUGGGUUCUCUAGGAAGGCAGAUCUUUUGAGAUUAGCAGGGUUUUCUAGAAAAGGGAAACAAAGUCUUGUUUAGUUGGGUUUAUGUGAGUUUUCCGAGCUAUAUGGCCAUGUUCCAGAAGCAUUCUCUGCUAAUGUUUCACCCACAUCUAUGGCAGGCAUCUAAAGAGGACCCCUCAACUUCUGAGGCUGCCUGCCAUAGAUGUGGGUGAAACAUCAACAGAGAAUGCUUCUGGAUCAUGGCCAUACAGCCUGAAAAACACACAGCAACCUAGUGAUUCCGGCCAUGAAAGCCUUCAACAACACUCUUGGUUAGUUAUUGGGAGGUCAGGACUCAUUGGAAGGAGAGGUAAGUGGGGAUCCGUGAUGGGAAAGAAGGACAUUUGGGUUCACAGAAGAAGGGGGGAUUCAUCACUGGAAAAGCCCUGGAUUAGGCUUUUUGUCUUCUGGGACAAAUAGGUUCCAGCUAGCCAGAAGGGUUCUCCAGACGGCAACAGCAAAAUGGGGGAUACAGUGGAGAAAGUGGGGCGACUGUACUUACAAAGGAGACCCAAGAGCAGGCAUGGGCAAACUUGGGUCCUCCGGGUGUUUUGGACUUCAACUCCCACAAUUCCUAACAGCCUCAAACUCCUUCUUUUUCCUCCUCAGCCAAAAUACCUGGAAGGCCAAAGUUUGCUCAUGCCUGUUCAAAAAUGUAUCAGGGGAUCACUUUUUCUUUUGCCAGCCUUCUUUUUUUCCUGUGAUUUCCAUUUUGGUAGUCAAACUUACAGAUCUAGUACUUUUUGGAACAGGUUUUUUUUCAACAGGGUUUCCCAUUUGCUCUUCUUGCAUGUUCAGGAAGGGAUUCUGGGAGUGGCUACUGUUUAUGCAGGUAUACAUGGCUACAGUAGGAUGAGCUAGAGUGAAAUCCCAUUUUUUUCUCAGCUCAAGCUUCAUUGCAUUGUUUACUUACAUCAAAAGCCAUCAGCCUUCAUAAUACAGAUGCUAGAAAAACACUCUCCAGCUAGCCUGUGGUUCCCAACGUGUGGACCACCAGUGGUCCGCAAGAUCUAAAAUAUGGUCCGUGGCCUCACCGUUACUACUAUGGAUAAUAACACAGUCCGACCAAAAAAUAAAUAAAUUCUUGGUCUCUUUGUUUUUAGUCCUGUUCCUGGGGUUAUUUGGGGUGUUAAUUCAGGAAACUGCAUUGGAUAGACCACAUCAGCUCUAGAUUAUUGAAUAUGGUUUUCUGUAAGCGAGAAGAUGGUGACUACUGGGUGGCAUAUGUUCCGUAUCAGAAACUAGAACUAAUUUGGUCUAUCCAGUGCAGUUUUCUGAAUCAGCACCCCAAAUAACCAAACCGAAUCUAAAGUUGACCAAAAACUGAUUUGUAACCCUUUUGGUACUAAUGUUGGAGAGUGGUCCCUGGUCAAAAAAAGGUUGGGAACCAGUGAAAAGGAUGAAAAGGAAAAGGCAAGGACUAGAUUGUCAUAAAAAGACUUAGAAAAAGUAAUGUCACUGCCUAAGGCUCUGUUAACUACAGCUCCUUUCUCACUGUCCUUCUACCCCAGGAUCUGAUCCCAGAUUAUCUGCUUGUCUCAGAUUAUAUGGCAGUGGAGACUCAUAUAAUCCAGUUCAAAGCAGAGAACCUGGGAUCAGAUCCUGGGAUAGAAGGACAGCAUAGAAGGGGCCUGAGGUAUUUUAUUUAUUUAUUUAUUUAUUUAUUUACAACAUUUAUACCCUUUCCUUCUCACCCGAGGGGACUCAGGGCGGCUUACAAAAAUUGGCAAAAUUUAAUGCCCAAAAUUCAAUCAUAAAAACAAAACAAUAUAAACAGAUCUAUUAAUAACAUUGUUAAAACACAUUAUAAAAACCUUAAAAACGUAUAUAUAAUUAAUUCCAUUCAUCCGAGAUCCUCAUGCUUCAUCCUUAAAUCAGGCCAUGUCAACUUUGUCAUUUACUCAUCAAAGGCUUGGGCACAUAACCAUGUUUUCACGGCCCUUCUGAAUCCCAGCAGGGUAGGGACCUGUCAGAUAUCUCCAGGGAGGGCGUUCCACAGCCGGGGAGCCACCACUGAGAAGGCCAUACUGCAACCCCUAUUGACAUUAGAUUGGUGAUAUGCUAUAAACAAAUGUGCCAAAGCAGCGGAUUUGGGGGGGGGGAAAUCAGUUUGAAAGAGUUAUUUGGACAGCUCUCAGGGUCUGGCUCUUCCACACAGCCAUAUAACCCAGAAUAUCAAGGGAGAAAAUCCCACAGUAUCUGCUUUGAACUGAAUUAUCUGAGUCCACACUGCCAUAUAUUUCAGUUCAAAGCAGAAAAUGUGGGAAUUUAUUCAGCUGUGUGGAAGGGGCCUCAGAGGCUACCAGUCAGCAUGGCUAGUUAUCUCGCUGGAUGAAAAUCCUAGCCAUUGUAGUCCAGAAAGUAACUUUUCUAGACUCUUUGUUGUAGAUGUCCAGGUAAACAUCUUAUGUUUUCAUUGCCUGUCCAUGCAAAUAGCACCCAAGGCUUCUGAGGGACAGUAAUAUCAACCAGGAAAAGUUCCAAGUUAUGGAGCAUUGAGGGAUGAGCUCAUCUUUUCUCCAGAAUGUGACCUGAAUUGGUAGCUCUUACAAAGCCUUUUCCCCAGAAUGACGCACCUACCAUCCAGCUUUUUGAGAAGAAAAAUAAGUUUUAGGCAACCUGUCCCCUUCCAUGUAGUGUUGGGCCUGGAAUUGUUGCUCAAAGACUAGGGGACACAUUUUGUUCAACCUUGGUUCAAGUGCUCCUCUUGCUUGCAUGGGAUUCUGGAAUCCGCUAUUCAGAUUCCAGAUUCUUGAGGCAGUAAAAGCUGGUUUGUAUAUGAAAAAUCACCACUGUUGGCUACUGAUUAACUUAAAGGGCCUAGAUGUUCAUUUGUUUACGAGACCUCCGAUUAUACUAAGAAUCUCUAGGUCCUACAGCAUGACUCUUAUAAUUAGCUCUUGCCAGAGGUUGAUCAUAGAAUCACACUCAGAGAAGAAAAAGAGUGGGGUUUGGAAUGCAAUGGUGUGGCUGGAAUCCUACACGGCAAGUAAUUCUCCACGUAUUGUAAUCGUGAUUUCAUUUUAUACAGAAACUCUCUAUACCAGUGGUUCUCAAUCUGUGGGUCCCCAGGUGCUUUGGCCUUCAACUCCCAGAAAUCCCAGCCAAUUUACCAGCUGUUACAAUUUCUAGGAGGUGAAGACUAAAACAUCUGGAGACCCACAGGUUGAGAACCACAGCUCUAUACAAAGGCAGUAUAUUACUGAAUAUCAUACGCUGCUGUGUGUUACCAGGAGAGAGUUUCUGUCUCUUUGUGAUUUUUCUUGGAAUCUUCUGAAAGCAACUGGUUGACCAUAUUGAUCUGAUCUAUCAGGACUUAUAUUUCCUACAGUUCCGAACAUAUAUUUAAAUUUGGCUCCACUGUUUCCAAACUCAAUGUCCUCUAGGUAUGUUGUACCUCAACUCUCACCAUCUCAACUAGGAUGAUCCUGGAGUUAAAGGUUCUGUAUUUUUGGAGGUGACUGAGUUGGUAUACACUGUUUUGUAUCUAUGCUAGUUAAAAUUUGAGAAAAGGCAUCAUGCAAUAUCUCUAAGCCUUAAUUUUAACAUCCAAACUAGCAAAGAUCUGUCACAAGACCCAUAUAACAGAUAGCUAUGAACCACGGGGAAUUUUGGAAAGAGCAUACAUCUCAGGUAUUGUUUUUUCUUCCUUUCUGUGUCAGCAAUCCUUUUGUUGACAGUAGGAUUGGCAGGUGAUCCAACCUUUCCUCUUGGGCCGUCUCACCCCCUGUCUGGCUGACUGAGACUGGGCGAGCAUCUUUCAAUCAGCCUGAGUCUCCACGGGCCAUUCCGCUUAUUCUUGACAAGACAGUUGUGGAGCCUGAAUUUCCUUCCCUGAGAGGGGGAAGAAUGGCUGCCACUCAAGAAGUGCCUCCGCCAGCAUUGGGCCUCCAUUUUUUGUACCCUCUAGAAGAAACAAUGCCGCCCAGGGUGAAAAUGGAGGACCCUGGACCGCCGUGCCCUGAAGCCGGGUGGGAGUGGGACGCUCCAGGGAAACCCCCACUCGUCGUCCAGGCCGGCACCAUCAGCGACCUGCUGCGCUGGGCCACCCCUCCUCAGGUGAGGAGUGACCCAAUACCACAAUUGUGGGAAGUUCAGUGUCAGGAGAUGGUACAAUCCCUGCGGACACCUGCCGAUGUUGUGCCACCACCUGUGCCCGUCCCUCCCCCGGCUCCUGGCUGGGGGAAUCUCCAGCUACCUGAGCUGGCACCUGUUGAUGACAUUGAGGCCUAUUUGUCAUCCUUUGAGCGAGCGGCAGAAACCUGUCAGUGGCCGAGGGGUGAGUGGAUGAGCCGUCUCAUGCCUGCACUCAGUGGAAAAGCCCAUCAACCUCAUAAUGGCCUGGAUGCCCGGAGUAGUAGGAGUGAGCAUAGAAAGUCCAAAUCCUCUGGCCUGCGAGGGGAGACUGGUGCCAGCGUGGAGAUGCAGCGCCAGCGUUUCCGUCAGUUCCGUUACCAGGACUCGGAAGGGCCCCGGGAGGCCUGCUGGAGACUGCGGGAGCUUUGCCGACGCUGGCUGAAGCCCGAGAGUCGCACCAAGGAGCAGAUCUUGGAGCUGCUGAUCCUCGAACAGUUCUUGACCAUCUUGCCCCAGGAGAUCCAGAGCUGGGUGUGGGAACGAGGGCCAGAAACGUGUGCCCAGGCAGUGGCCUUGGUGGAAGGCUACCAGAUGGGUCGGCGAGAAGCGGGGAUGUGGGAGCAACAGGUUACAGUACGGGUCAAAGUCGAACAGGUCAGCCCUCAAGAGAUGGUUUUGCCCAGUGUGCCAUGGGAGCCUUCUGUCCCACUGAUGCCCCAUCCCGAAUGCGUAUCCUCAGGAGAAGUGACACUACACCAGCCUGUCCCAGGCCCGCUUCUCAAGAUGCCCUGCAUUCCUAAACAGGAGCCCCAAGGCCUUCAUGAAGCAGGUCCCCUGAUGGUCAAUGGGAGCCGAGAGGAAAACCCUCUGCAGAGUGGUUCUAUGCCUGUCGGAAUCCUGCCUGGGAAUUCCCAGGAAAACCUGUUAGCAGAGAAUCGUGGCGAGCAUGCAGGUCAGCAAUGUCAGAGCCAGGUGGUGAGACAGAAAUGUGGCGAGACAGGAGAGAGCCCAGCUGCACACUCCAACCCCAUUGGUAGCCUUCACCCACCAGGGAAGGCCCUUCACCGGUGUUCGGAAUGUGGGAAGACGUUUAGCCGUAACUCCCACCUGCUCACCCACCAGAGGAUCCACACUGGGGAAAAACCCCAUCAGUGUCCCCAGUGUGGCAAGCGUUUCAGUCACACCUCCCAGCUGACGCGGCACCAGAGGACCCACGCCUCGGAAAGACCUUUCCGGUGUUCCCAGUGCAGCCGGAGUUUUUACCAGAGCUCUGAGCUGACCAGGCAUCGGUUGUCCCACGCAAGGGAUCGCCCCUAUGGGUGCAGCCAGUGUGGGAAGAAAUUCCGAUGGAGCUCCGAUCUCAUCCGACACCAGAUCACUCACACGGGAGAAAGACCCUAUAAGUGUCCCGAGUGUGGGAAGAAAUUUGGGCAGAACUCACACCUGGUCCGACACCGGAGAACCCACACAACUUAGUUGAGACUUUCUCUGAUGUUUCCUAGCCCCAAGUAUUCAAUCGGGGCCAAAGCGUGGAUCCACACUGAUGAACGAGGUUGGUGCCAUAAUAGAUUGGAUGGCUCAUGUCCUUUCAGCUGAAGAUCAGCAGACAAAUGAUCUGCUGGGCAUGGCUUAGAUAGAAUAAAUCCCAUUUUACGUGUGAAGCAAGUUGGACAACGUGGCAGAUUCCAGGUUCCAUUUUAGGUUCUGUCUGGAAAUCCACCGCAGAGGUAGAACUGCAUACUCAAAGAAGAAGCCAAGACCCACUUGAGUUGACUUUCUUGAACAACACUGAACCGAUAACAUUGUGAUAGCACCAGUUGGAUGUCUCUCUUUCUCUCUCUCUUUGUCUCUUUCUCUCUCCCCUUCUUCCUCUUUUUUAAUAGAAAAGGAGAUAGAUCUUCUAGUCCUCUAGACAGGUUUAUUGUUGCAUAACAUAACCUGUAUUCCCUGUCCCCAAACAGUAUCUUUUUAGUGAAACAAAAGCAAUGUAUUUUUAGAAACAAUGACCAGUCUGUAUUGACGGAGAAAGGAGUGUGUGACUCUACAGAACGAUGGAGAAUCCCUCUUGGGAAAGCUGCUUUAAUGCUCUUUUGGAAAAAAAAUAUUUUGGAAAUCACAGCUUUGAUAAAUAACCGAGUGGACAACCAAGGGCUGCAUUGCUAUAGAGAUAUGCAAAUUGGUGUGCGGAAGGGGAAGAGGGUGGUGGAAACAUGGAUCAAGAAGUUUGAUUGAACUUCAUAGUUCAAUAGAAGCUUUGCCAACACAUCUGUGCUAGAAAUUGACACCUAGCAUCCAAAAGGAUUAUUGACUGAGCCCCAGGGCCUUUCCAACUGUUGCCUGGCUGCCUACUCCCUGCCCUUUGCACACUGUAACUCCUUUCACCCAUAUGGAUCAAGACACUAGUAAAGAGUUUUUUAAAAAUUUCACACUA